AUGAGUGUUGAAGCUGGUCAACAUCGUAUUAUUGGAUCAAUUGAUGAUGUUGGAAAUAUUUAUUCAUCGUUAACUAUCACAUCAGAGGCCUUCGUAUCGGUAAUAGUACCACUGACCUGUAGCAUCUAUGGUGGUGCAAUACUGACCAUCAUUGGUCAUGGAUUUUCGAGCAACAUCAGCCAAAUUCAAAUCACAAUUGGUUCAAAUGUGUGUCCUGUAGUUCAAGCAAUGGAUAGCCAGGUUCAAUGCAUUAUCCCUUCUCGAGGUAACAGUUCCGAUGCAGCUACUAUUCUUAUCGUUUCACAUCAAGUUUCCUUUCCAUCCUCAUUCACAUUGAGUUACAAUGAGACAAUUACCCCCAACAUCACUUCUGUUAGUCCAACAUUUGGCAAUAGGUCGCAAGUCUUGGUCAUUACUGGAGAUAACUUUGUUGGCAACGGGCAAACGAGUGUCACAGUGGGAAAUACUGCAUGUAUUGUCAGUAAUUAUUCAAUAGGAUCAAUUGCAUGUACAGUUGGUUUAAAUUUAUCAGCGGGUCAUCAUGCAGUCACUGUUCAUGUGGACGAAAUUGGAAAUUCCAAUUCGGAUGUUUUCUACACACAUGAUCUCUUCGUCACGAGUGCUACACCAUCAGAAGGAGGUUAUGGUGGUGGUCUACCAGUGACGAUUCUUGGCUAUGGAUUCAAUGGAACCGAUGUCACUGUCAACAUAUGUAAUCAGUCUUGUUCGUCGGUGCAAAUCGUGUCCAAUGUUCAACUCAUCUGUGUUACACCUGAAGUUUCGAUGGUCGAAGUAAAUAGUUCGUGCAAUUUAACAGUUACUGUCAAUGGUAUCAGUAAAAAUACACUAUUCACCUACAAAGCUAAUUUGACUGCAAUAGUAACAUCGGUGAGUCCAACUCGAGGUGGAACAGGUGGUGGAACGAGAAUUACUAUCAAUGGAAACAAUUUUCCAGCUUCUGCAAAUGCCGUAACGGUGACUAUUGCCGAGUCGUCAUGUUCAUUGCAAACAGUUACAACAACAAGUAUUACAUGUGAGACUGGUAGUUAUCAAUAUAGUAGUGUACGAGCCCAAGUCAAGGUAUUUGUCAAUGGUAAUGGCUAUGCGAUCAGUUCAGUUGAUUUUCAAUACAUUGAUCUUUGGUCGAGUCCAUGGACAUGGGGUGGUAAUGAGCCACCAGAAGCUGGCACACUUGUGAUAAUUGAAAACUAUGUGACUAUCUAUUUGGAUAUCGAGACACCUAUUCUGAAAGUACUUGUCAUCGACAAUUCCACAUUAAUUUUCGACGAUUCACAAGAUGUUACUUUGAAUGUUGAGUAUAUUGUCAUCGUCAAUGGUGGUCAUCUUCAAGUCGGAACAGAGUCAAAUCCAUUUCAACAUCGUGGUAUUAUCACUAUGUAUGGACACUUGCGAUCGAUAGAAUUACCUAUUUUUGGUGCCAAAGUGUUGGCUUUGCGUGAGGGAACAGUGGACAUGCACGGAAUGCCUACUGUUCGGACUUGGACACAACUCGGAGCGACAGCUGGUAAUGGCUCAACAACAAUCACUCUUCUUCAACCUAUCGAUUGGAAUGUCGAUAGUCAAAUCGUUAUCGCAACUACGGGUGAUCGUUUCAGUCAGAAAGAAAGUGAAAUCCGUCGAAUUGUGAAUAUCUCAUCGGAUGGACUUACAUUAAUCUUGGACACACCAUUGAUGUAUACCCAUUUGGGCGUUACACAAACGUUAAAUUCAACAAACAUCGAAGUUCGCGGUGAAGUUGGUCUUCUUUCGCACAAUGUCGUCUUUCAAGGUUCAAUUACCGAAACAUGGAAUGAAAUCAUAGAAGAAUGUCCGGCUGGGUUUAAUCCGGUAGCUGGUAUCACUCAUUAUGGUUAUUGGUAUCGAUUGAGCAAUAAAACGGAAGGACUUUCAGUUCUUACAAAUCCCAACUAUUGUCCUAAUCGGCACCCUUUCGGUCGCUUCUACAAUAAUAGUGUACAUAGUACGGGUCGAUUCGGAGUCUGGAUCUAUCCUGAAUAUGCUCCCACUAUCUCGGGUGAUUGUAACGAUACUCAACCGUCACAAGCGAUACUCGAAGGCUUGGUAUCGUGGAAAAAUAAUAAAGGCAUUGAGCUAGUCAUGACUCGCACAACACAAAUAAAAAAUGCAGUAGUCUUUGACAAUGCUGAUAUAGGUAUCGCCUACAUCACAGCUGUUGGCCAUCAAGAAACCAAUCCACAGUAUUUACGCGCAACAUUCUAUGAUACUGAUAAUGGCUCAUCAGUAAUUGAUAGUAUAAUUAUUGGCGAUGCGGGUAUCUCUUCCACGCCAAUCAUACCAUCCACUGCAGGUCUUGUGGGUUGGCUAACAAAGUUCUCCAACAUGUCCUUUAUAAAUGUUUCGAUUCGUGGCAAAUUUCGAUGGGAAUACGAUGCCCUAUAUCAUGAUGAGGAUGGUACUUUGGGUGGACAAUCCGAUUCAAUAAUCAUGGCACCCGAUGGCAUCACAAAUUCAUCAUCGACAUGCACACAAGUACCCAAUUUCGAAAAUGCUAUUCAAUGUCCUCUAUCCGAAGGUUCCUGGCUACGGUUUUCACUCCGUGAUCUUCGGGGAUGGAAUCAAGUUCAAAACCCAUCAACAGCUAACACAAGCAUUGAUAUAGAAAUAUCAUUUCGAGUUUACAUAUGCCCGUGCUACAACUGUGGAUGCCCAACAACUACAACUACAACGGCCACCACAGCUACAACAACCACGGAGACAACGGCAACGACUACAUCAGCUACAACAACCACAGCUACAACAGCCACUACAACUACGGAGACAACAGCCACUACAACUACGGAGACAACAGCCACUACAACUACGGCGACAACAACCACAUCAACUGUUUAUCUACCUCCAAUACAACCCGUUGAUGAAUUACCAUCAAAUCCGCAACUGGGAGGUAAUCAUAUAAUAUAUAUUGAUAGCAUUUUUAUUAAUGGUGGUCGAUUGAUUGCCGGUAAAUAUCUUAGCGCUGAAAAAAUGUUGCUCAUAUUUUGUGAAUUUCUGAUAGGUUUACCCAAUGCUCCGUUCAAUGGUAGUGUCGACAUUAUUUUGAGAAAUACUGGUCCAGUUACUAUGCAAUUACCUUGGAAUUUUCCACUGAUAGAGCCACGAACUAUCGGUGUUCUGGGUGGCCUUGAUUUACAUGGUGUACCACGUGGGAUUAGUUGGACACGCCUUGCUGUGACCGCUAUGUCGGGUCAAAAUGUAAUAAUCUUGCGCGAACCAGUCAGUUGGGUUGUCAACGAUGAAAUUAUCAUAACAACAACAGAUACAAGCAUUUCUCACACUGAACGACAUCGCAUCAUCAAUAUUGAAAAUGCGACGGUAAUACAUACUCAAGUACCAUUGGCAUAUAGUCAUCUCGUUAUUCAACAUACAUUAGGUAAUGGACAAACGAUAAAUGUAGCCGCUGCAGUUGGAUUAUUGACACGUAACAUACGCGUAAUUAAUCAAUAUCUAGGAUCUAGUCUAUCUGGAUUUCGAAUUUUGAUCACUGACUAUCGAACAGAUGUGUUACAUAUUUACUCCAAUACCAUGUAUAAUGCAUACUAUAAAGGUUAUGCUCGAUUAUCGAAUACGCAAUUUAUCGGCUUCGGACAGUUGGCUGAUGGUUAUUAUAGUGAGCAGCUAUCAGGUAUUUAUAUGAAUCGUCUCGGUGAUUAUAAUCCAAGUAGAGCUACUUUCAUCGAUGCUUGUUCGUUCGAUGGUGGAUUUAAUGCAGCGAUUGGUAUGCGGAGCACAAAUGGCAUACCAAUUACAAACAAUGUUAUAUACAACACAUAUCGAUCAGGCAUUGUUGUGACUGGAAUGAACAAUAUCGUUCAAAAUAAUCUCGUCACAACUGUCUACUGGGUGGGUACAGGCCAAGAUCCAUCGACUGCCGAAUUUAGUUCGAAUUAUGAUGGUGCAAUUAUGGCUCGUGAUGCUACCAGUAAUAAUUUGGUUGCCGGCGUUGAACGUUUGGCUUAUCGUAUCCCUGGUGAAUCAUGUGGAGGUCAAGCUAUUUAUAUUCCACCGAAUAUAAUCAAUGAAUAUUCGAACAAUGAAGCACAUUCUGCCAUGUCUGGCGUCAACCUUUGGCCGUCAGACAAAGGGUUUAUAUACGAUCGAAGUAGAAUGCGUUCUAAUCAAAGGAUUCAAGUAUGUAUGAAAAGUGAUGCAAACAAAACGUAG